CCUUCUCCUUCGUCGAUCGAUCCCCAAAUCGCUGCCUGCUUCCUCCACCCAGCCCUAACCCUAGCGGUGCCGCCACCAUCGAUCCCCAAAUCCCUUCUCCAUCCACCCUCCACCAAACCCUCAUCCCUACCUCAGCUAGCUAGCCGCCAUGGCCCGUUCCAUGGCUCUGCUCCACCGCGAGAUUUACUUCUCCGACGACGAGGCGUUAUCCGGCAGAGUGUCGUCAAUCCGCUGCCCGUGGGAAGGGCGAGAUGAUCCACCAAGUCGCCAAGAGAUCAGUGACGCAGUCACCGAUUACCUGCGGACCUUCAAGGCGCACGCAGUCGUCGCCGAUCCGCCGGCGCUCUCCUUCCUCCACAUACUGCGGCCGCCGGCAUCCGUCGGGCUCCCGAUGCAGUUCCACAGCCUCACCUUGGCCACUAUCUCCAGCACGGACAAGAACCUGGUCGCCAUGUACGCCGGAGGGUACCGCCCUGGCAACCGUUUGCCGGGAGGCUACCUCAUCUACGACGCCAGGAACGACUCCAUCUCUGGGAUCCCCGAACUCCCCUCCGACCACUCACAUAGAGCCAUCGGGUGCGAGUCGGCCGUCGUCAUGUGCGAAGCCGCCGCCGCCGGGAACGACUACUUUCUUGCCGAGCUCGUCAGGGUCUGGCCAGAAGGCUACCAAGCUGCGCUCUGGCUGUGGAAGUCGUCCGUCCAAAAAUGGGACUUGCAUCCCAGUCGCCUGCCCCUUCCAUCCAGCACCACCAGCCACUUCUCCCCUGACUUGUGCUUCUCUUGUUGGGGCUCUGUCCUCUGCUGGGUGGAUCUGCUCAAAGGCAUGGUGCUCUGUGAUCUGAAGCAAAACUGCAAGUUCAGCUUUAUUCAGUUGCCCAAAGAUUGUCCAACCUAUGAUGCCGACAGCAACAAGUUUACAUACGCCUGUGCCGAGGAGUUCCGUUCCAUGGCCUGUGUUGGUGGCGAAAUCAAGUUCGUCGCCCUGGAUGAAUGUGAUGAACACCAGCCGGAAAAAGGAUUGGAACUGACCAUCUGGACUCUCUCGCAUGACCUCUCAGGGUGGAAGGAAAGCCGCAAGUACAAUGUUGAAAACAUCUGGGCAAACGAGGCCUACAAGCCUGCUGGUAUAAGAAAUCUUCCUCCGUCGUUCCCUGUUCUGAGCAUCCAUGAAGAAGGCGUCGUCUACCUAGUCUUAGAUGAUCUCAGGGAGUUGGACGAUGGACUAGAGUACAUGGGCCAGUGGAUGCUUCGUGUUGACAUAGGCAAUGACAAGGUCCAGUUCUAUCCAAAGGGUGAAAAGAGUUCUGUUAAUUCCCAGCUCUUUGCCAGUGAGUUCAGUGCGCACCGACAGCAUUUACAGGAUCACCCGAGUGAAUUGGUGUGUGUGGAAAGAGGAUGAAGCUUUGAGAUCUAUCUUUUUAAGAUGUGCGCCGGCAGGCAUAUGUUCACAUGAGCAAGGAAAUACUCCGCA